UGAGAGCGUUAGCCUCCCUUUUCCCAGUCCCUCGAAUGCUACUUCUGACGGACAGAUGCCCUGGUGACGUAAAGCAUUCGGGUGUAGUUUUUACUGAAGAAAACAGACCUCUACUAAUUCGCUUUGCAAAACGAACGUCGGCUCACUUAAGGUAAAAGCGAACUAUUUUUUGUCAUGAUUGCACCGUGACAAAAUGUGUGCAGAUGUGUCUGCAGUCCACUCGUAAGGGGAGGAGGAUACCAUACAUCUCCACAUUGAGUUCACGACACUGGGAUAUGGAUCGGCGCUUGGGAUCGGCUAGAAUGGCCAUCAGCAUCAAAUGACAAAAUGGGCUUUUUCCUUCGUCUGUGUCUUAUUCUGGAAAUUGAUUUAAAAUGACAGCAUGUUAAUGCCAAGGGCAUCGUCAUCUUGCCAUGGACUUUUCUUCAGCAAGAGAUUCAUAUACAUGCCAGAUUCCGGCACCUGCAAGCAUCACCUCUUUGACAAUAUGAUGCUCUGAACUGAUCACAUGGGAAUACCAUGUACAACUCAACUUAACCUAAACCUCAAGCCUAAACUCAACAGUUAGUUUUUUGAAAUGUAAAGCAGUUCACGAAGCUAAUGUGAAAGAUGGACGUGGACAGCUUUGGAAGAUGGGUUGCAUCUGUCGAAAAUGGGACGGUCAACCUCACCGCUUCUGCCAAUACCCAGAUAAAAGUCCCAAACACCUCGCUCCAGAUGGAUCCUUGGGAAGAAAUACAUUCAACUGAGGUGACACGUUUGGAGAACCGCUACUUCAUUCAAGAACAAACCUACCGAGACUUUACCACUACCGUACAGAUUCUUAUCCUUAUCGGGUCUCUACUGGGCAAUGCUUCAGUGCUGUGGUGCACCUGCUACACCAAUGUCUUCAAGCCCGUCACUGGGCGCUUCAUCAAGAACCUGGCGUGCUCGGGCGUCUGCGCCACACUGGUGUGCGUGCCCUUUGACCUGCUGCUGGGCAGCAGCCCACACUGCUGCGGGUGGCUCCGUGUGCUCUUUCUCUGCAAGGCCGUCAGGUUCCUGCAGCGGCUCUUCUGCUCCGUCACUGUGCUCAGCUUCACCGCCAUCGCGCUGGACAGAUACUACUCGGUGUUGUACCCUUUGGAGCGGAAGAUAUCUGAUGCCAAGUCCCGAGAUCUGGUCAUCUACAUCUGGGUGCAUGCCGUGGUGGCGAGCGCGCCCGUGCUGGUUGUCACCGACGUCACCGACAUCUAUGCCACGUCUUCUUGCUUGGUCAGGCCGAGCCACACCCUGGGUCACUUGGUGUACGUGGUGUCGUACAACGUCACCACGGUGAUCGCGCCGCUGGCGGCGGUCUUCCUGGCCAUGGUGCUGAUCCGGCGUGCACUGAGUGCCAGCCAGAAGAAGAAGGUGAUCAUCGCGGCGCUGCGCACGCCGCAGAACUGCAUCUCCAUCCCGUACGUGUCGCAGCGCGAGGCAGAGCUUCACGCCACGCUGCUGGCCGCCGUGCUGGCCUUCACGCUCUCCGCCGUGCCCUACGCCGCGCUGGUGGGCUACCAGGUGCUGGCGCUCGGCGCCCAGGCCCGUGCGGGGCAGGGUGGCAUCGGUGGCCCGGCGGUGCCCGCCGCCCUGCGGCUCACGGCCGCCUGGCUGCCCAAGCUGUCGUUGCUGACCAACCCGCUGCUCCUCCUCACCGUCAACCGCUCGGCCCGACACUGCCUGGCUGACCUGCUGGUCCGGGCGCACCGGCGCUGCAGCCGGCGAAACGCCGUGAGCACCGCCGGACUCGGGGAGGUGGGCAGCGCGGGCGGCGCCGGCGUGGGGUCGGGCGGCGAGGCGGCGGCCCGCUCGGGCAGCCAGCUGCUGGAGAUGUUCAACAUCGGGCAGCAGCAGAUCUUCAGGCCCAGCGAGGAGGAAGACGAGGAGGAGGAGGAGGAGGAAGGGAGGCACGAGAUCCCGUCUGUCGGCUCCGGAGGAUUCCAGCACCGAUUCGACGAGACGGCGGCGGCGGCUGGCAGCUCGGGGAGAGCAGCGGCUUCCGUCGGACCGGAGCUGACCCAUCAGCACCAGCUGCACCCCGCCACAGGGGCGCGAGAGGUGGGCCUGCCUCCGCCCAAGUCCCCUCCCGUCCAGCAGAGCUGCGCCUACUCCUCCUCACAGGUGGCCCCCGCCACCCCCACCGAGCCCGAGGAGGCCACCCAGUUCGGCUUCGGACCGUUUGAGCUGCCGCCGCAGUGGCUGCCUGAGACGCGGAACAGCAAGCGCCGGCUCCUGCCCCCGCUGGGGAACACGCCGGAAGAACUCAUCCAGACCAAGCAGCCGCGCACGCGACCUGAGCGCCGCAUCAGCCGCAACAACAAAGUCAGCACUUUCCCCGUCGUGGACCCCUGAUAGGGGGACCACAAAAGACAAGACUGCCGGAAACAGUCGACUGACAUGAUGACCGGAAUUAAAGACAUAUAGACUGAUUGUCCUGUGUGCCAAAACCACCAAAACCAUCAGAGCAACAUCAGAGUGCAUCUGAUUUUUGAAAGAAAAUACUCAUCUCACGUUUCUAUUUUGUGCUGUAUCGCCCCUGAAGACCUUCUUUUCUAUGUAUUUUUUCAUCCUGAGGAGUGGAUUGAUUUCUACCGAUAACUAGACUGCUGGAAGAUGUUUGAGCAUUUUGUUUGUACACUGUUCAAAUUAACGAGAUCAAUAGGACCAAGCUGAUCUCCUGACUGACCAAAUCUGCCAAUAUUGUUUACACCACAAGCACAAGCAUGGAAAAAAGAUGCGUUUUGAUCUUAUUUCAAUCUCAGAAAACGCACAGUAAUCACAAUCGUGUUCUAGGACAUAAUCCGAAAACAAAAAAUUAUUUGGUCUUACGAUCCUCUCAAAACCGUUUUUUUUUUCUUUCAACGGCCAUCAUCACCAUAUUUGUCUGAAUUGUACUUUGCCAUAUAUCCAGUAAUGUCUCAGAGUGGAAAACAUCAAGAACAGUUUGUAUAGUAUCUACUAUUGCUGACAUGGCAUAUUGUAGCACCUUGAGCCUUAAACCUGGACCUGGCUAUGCAGACAGAAGAAGUAUAGCAUAUGCCCUCUUUACCACAUUUUGCUUGGACGGUUCAGUUGUAAUUCUUUCCAACAGUCUGUGAUCAUGAAUGAGAAUAUAAUAAUGCAUUUUCUAUAAGGUCUGUGAACUCCUUGCUCAUUUAACCAAUAGGUAUAACUGUAUGGAGUUUAUAGUGCAGGGGGUUUGCUUUUGUACAUCUUGAAGAAAAAAGUAACGAUUUAUAAAUAUAUAAACGCACUAAUAAAAGAUCUUAUUUUGCAUAGCAUAGAAAAAUACAGAUAAACCGUUUUCUCUCAAGGCCAUGAAAUAUUAUUCAUUCAAAUUAGUCAUUCAAAUUAAUUUGUCAUUCAAGUUUUUUAACAAAUGUCUUUACAUGAAUUUUCUCAGCAUUGCAAUUAAAUGAAGGACAUAUCUGUGACCAUGGCACACUAUAGAGUGCAGUGAUAUAUCAGGCCCAAGAAGAAUCAUCGGCU